AUGGUGUUAACUCGAUCGUUUCAAACAAAGAAUGCAUUAAAAAAAACUAAAGUUUAUUUCAUUCACCCAUAGGGGCGUCGCAUGUGACCGACAUACAGUUUAUGUCAAGAGCAGCCCCGGCAUCUACUUCAUAUAUUUGAAAAUCUGGCCCACAAUUCAAUUGCUGCUCCGGAGUGACCAGAUUUCAGAAAAAAACAGCGAACCGUUGUCGAACAUGUCCAGGUUUCGAGCCCUGUGGCAAUCUUCUUUGAAGGCCACACGGAAAGCACUUUCCUGGAAGUUAGAAGAUCUAACACCACCUACUGAGACAGAAAUAUUUAGUUUCCGAUCAAAGGAUGAUCUAAGAAGAUGGAAAUUGUAUGCUGAUUCUGAAUAUGGUGGUUUAUCCUCAGCUUCAUUGGAAAUUAAAGCCACUGGUGAGAAGUUUACUGGGGUUUUCUCGGGUCAUCUAUCAUCAGAAAUGUCACAAGAUUCUAGAUGGGUAAUGAAUCGCAGUGGUUUUUGUGGUAUGCGAUCUACACAGUCUGAAGGCUACCUUGAUUUGGAACCAUAUGAUACACUAGCUUUACGGGUCAGAGGAGAUGGACGCUGCUAUAUAUCCACUAUACAUACAGAAAACUGGGUCAAUGUGCCAGGUGGAGCAGAAGAUAAUACAUGGCAAGCCUAUGUUUUUGUACCUAAAGGUGAUUGGUAUAUAGCAAAGAUUCCUCUUGUUCGCUAUUUACCAACUUGGCGAGGAAAUGUUAUGGAUUCACACCUUGAGAUGAAUCCUUCCCGAAUAGUUGGGAUGUCUCUAUCGAUCAAUGCAGAAGGUGGGCCACAAGGUGCUGUUACCGGACCUGGUGAGUUCAGACUUGAAGUAGAUUGGAUUAAGGCCUUGAGAACAACCUGAAACUUAUGUCAAGCUGUAGAUUCUCAUCUUAAAAUUCUAUCUUAUGGGUUGAAUUUUAUGUUGAGAAUAGUACAAUAUUGUUUUUGAAUACUUAGCACCAGGUGUAAGGAAGCCUUAGGUUCUUUUUGAUGAUCUGAACCUAAUCUUGGCCUGAACCUUGCAUAAGAAUGACUAGUUUGGGUGCAUUCAAGUUGUAUUAUGAUUGACAAGUGCCUGUAAACGAUAUUCCUGUAAUGUUGACUGGGAAUUUCUUGCUAUAUAUUUAUUUGUAGUGUCUGAUAUUGGGAUGAGAUUGUGUUCAAGAAGAGUUGGUUGCCAGACCACCAUUGAGGAAUCAGUAUGGGGUGUUUCAUUGCAUUCUAAUAGGACCCCUUUCUUAAACUGUGAUCAGUAUUCAAUGCAUGCGAAGCAUGCCAAUUUUGGUGAUUAUUUGUGAUAUACACGUUACUUAUAUAAUUAGUUCACAUCUUAAAAUUAGUUCCA